GUGCCGACGCAAACGACUUGUACGACGCGGGCUUCAGCAUUUGGGAGCUCUACGAAGAGGCAGAGUUCCGCCGAAGCGACUUUCACGAGCCAGACCCUAUGUGGGCGUUAAACUGGCACGAAGGCGGUGGACGCUGGUGGUGGGGGUGGUUUCCGCUCAUUUUUCUGACGUGGUUGACUUCCGUGGUCUGCUUCGUAGCUGCGCUCUUGUUGGUCGUCGUUUUGGCAGCCCUUACCAAGCUUAUAUUAGCUGUGGUCUGGCCGGCUUACAUUGCUGCAG